AUGACCCUCUCGGUUGACGAAGUUGAAGAUUCCCGCGUCAUUGGACAGGAUCCUCUGAUUCCUCCCAGUCUUCUCCAGCACGAAAUUCCUGCAACCGCUGCCUCCAAAGCUGCCGUUCUCCAAGGCCGUAAAGACUCCAUUGCCGUCAUCACCGGCCAGACCGACAAACUCCUCGUCAUUGUUGGACCCUGUUCCAUCCACGACCCUGAAACCGCCCUCGAGUACGCAGGCCGUCUCAAGGCUGUCUCAGAAAAACUUCAAGAUGACUUGGUCAUCGUCAUGAGGGCCUAUCUCGAGAAGCCCCGUACAACCGUCGGCUGGAAGGGUCUCAUCAACGACCCGGACAUUGACGAGAGCUUCCAGAUCAACAAGGGUUUGAGAGUGAGUCGACAAUUGUUCGUUGAUCUUACCUCAAUGGGGAUGCCUAUUGCCUCCGAGAUGCUGGACACUGUUUCUCCCCAGUUCCUCGCAGAUCUGUUGUCACUUGCCGCCAUUGGUGCAAGGACCACCGAGUCCCAGCUCCACAGAGAGUUGGCUAGUGGUGUCUCCUUCCCCGUCGGAUUCAAGAACGGUACUGACGGGAGCUUGACGGUCGCCAUUGAUGCUGUGUUGUCGGCGAGCCAUCCUCACCACUUCAUGGGUGUGACGAAGCAAGGUCUUGCUGCAAUCACCAGGACUACCGGAAACGAGCACGGUUUCGUGAUCCUGCGUGGAGGCGCGAAGGGCCCUAACUACAAGGCAGAUGAUGUCAAGGCCACAAAAGAGGCUUUGAAGAAGAAGGGCCAGAGGGAGAUCAUGAUGAUUGACUGCUCCCACGGGAACAGCUCCAAGAACCACAGGAAUCAACCUCUUGUCGCUGCCGACAUCGCCGCUCAGAUCCGCGCCGGAGAAGAUGGUAUUGUUGGUGUCAUGAUUGAGUCCAACAUCAAUGAGGGUCGCCAGGAUGUCCCUUCUGCUGAGCAAGGAGGUGUCAGUGCGCUCAAGAAGGGUGUCUCAAUCACUGAUGCCUGUGUGGAUUGGCCAUCUACCGUUGAAAUGCUCGAGGGGCUUGCUGAGGCUGUGAGGGCAAGGAGAACCGGCAGGGAGAGCGGUGCUGGAACCAAGAGAAAGGCUGAAGAGUAA